CUGAUCUGAUGGCCAUAUCACUUAAAGGUGUGAUGAUGUUAGUGUUUGCAGGAUCCAGCAUAUUACUAGCAGGAAAGGGGGUGGCAUCACAACCAAUAUGCUCAAUUGGGAGCACAAACUGUCAGAUAUCCACUUCUGCUCUCUUUGACCGUGCUGUAAAACUUUCACAUUAUAUCCAUUCUCUUUCCUCUGAGAUGUUUAAUGAGUUUGAUGAGCGCUUUACUCCGGGUCGUAGGUUUCUAGCAAUAUCUGGAACGAGUUGCCAUACUUCUUCUCUGAAUACUCCAGAAGACAAAGAGCAAGCACGACAGAUACAACAUGAAGAUCUGCUGAACUUGGUGUUGAAGGUUCUAAGAUCAUGGAAUGAUCCUUUGAUUCACAUGGUUUCUGAAGUGCAAGAUAUCCAUGAGGCUCCAGACACCAUCCUCUGGAAAGCUGUAGAGGUUGAAGAGCAAACUAAACGUCUACUGGAAGGAAUGGAAAGGAUUAUUGGCAGGAUUCAACCAGGUGAUUUAGAAAAUGAGAUUUAUUCACCAUGGCCCGGUCCAGCUUCAAUACCAGGAGAUGAAAAUUCACGUCUUUUUGCAUUCUACAAUCUACUCCACUGCCUUCGUAGAGAUUCGCAUAAAAUCGACAACUAUUUGAAGCUUUUAAAAUGCCGCCUUAUCCAUGAUGGAAAUUGUUAAUCUUUUACUCUUAACUCUGUACAGCAAUAAAAAUGCAUUGCACACAACAAUGAAAGGAAUUUGUCUUUUAGAAACACACACUUGACAAAAUAGUGUUUGUAAUAGUUUUAUAUAGUUUCUAAAGAACUGAAUUCCUAUUGGUAGCAUAAAUCCUAAUUAAACAAAAGGCAAAUAUAUAUGU